GUGCUGCUAACGUUACUAGCUCUCCUGCUGUUGCUUUAAACACUGAUUGGUUGUUUACAAUGAAACAUGAUCAGAGGCUAGAAACACAUGAAUGAUGUCCUGAUUGCAUACCGAUCUUACUGAAUAUAGGCCAAUAAUAAGAUCGGACGGAGCUUGAACGCACCAUAACGUAACUGAAUGGAACCUCCGUACCUGAACAAACAGACUGAAGCUUUCUUCUGGUUUCAGGGCUCCACCUGUGAUGUGAGAGUUAAAAACGGAGCCGCGUAUGAAGGAAUCUUCAAGACUUUAAGCUCUCAGUGCGAGCUGGCUGUGGAUGCUGUCCAUAAACAGAGCGAUGGAGAUGGAGGAGGAGGAGGAGAGGAAGGAGGAGGAAGCCCGUCCUCUCCUCCUAAGAUCGAGGAUAUAACUGACACCAUGAUCUUCAGCCCCAGCGACCUGGUGACCAUGACCUGCCGAGACGUCGACCUCAACUUUGCUGUCAGAGACACGUUCACCGACACGUCCAUCAGCUCGUCGCGGGUGAACGGGGACCACCGGGAAAAAAUCCUGCAGAGGUGGGACGGGAAUGGAAACGGAGAAAACUUUGAACUAGAGGCCGACACGUCUAACGGUUGGGACGCCAACGAGAUGUUCAAGUUCAACGAGGAGACGUACGGAGUGAAGUCCACCUACGACUCCAGCCUCUCCAUGUACACCAUGCCUCUGGAGAAGGGGACCUCCGAGGUCUUCCGUCAGCGGGAAGCUCGAGCUGCUCGUCUGGCCAACGAGAUUGAGGGCAGCCUGCAGUACCGCCGGAGGGUUUCUCUGGAGAACGACGAGGGCCGCAGCGAGGAGGACAAGUACAGCUCGGUGGUCCGAGAGAGGGAGGACCGGACCAGCCCUGGGUUCACGUCCACCGGGAGGGAGGGUAAAUACAUUCCUCUCCCUCAGCGCGCUCGAGAGAUCGGCCUCUCCGGCAGAACCGGAGCCUCCGGUCGGACCGCCGCUCCCACGACGGCGGCGGCGGCGGCGGCGGCG